AUGCAUCGCUCUCCGUCUGGAAUGAUCACAAAGACAACCCUUGUAUCGCCACCAACAGACAAAUAUGAGUCACCAGUUACCGUUCCACACAGUUCCUCAACAGAUACACAGACACCCGUACCAAGCACACCAGUAUCAGGAGGUCAUCCACCACCUACUUCGCAGACAAAGAAACCUCCGUAUGGAGGAGUUCCAACAUUACUUCCGCCCAGAAUAUCGACAGACCGCCCGACACUUUCACCACCAACAGGAUCAACACAGAAACCGGAUGUAAAAAGUCCUAGUACAAUAACAGCAGACGGCAAAACAACAACGGAUCAUCCAAUGCCUAACCACAUCACAGAAAUACCCGUGACAGAAACACCUUGCGUACCAGAAAAUUGUCCACUAAUGAUCAGUCCAACAGUUAAGGCAGGAGAGGUGUUGAGAACGACAGAGGCUGCUGUACCAAGUACGAAGUGUUCUGCAAACCAGAGGAGUGUUCCCCACCUACCAUAG